GGAUUUGCAAGCAUACAAGAGAAGAUAAGCACAAUGAGGUUUAGUGGAUCGUUACCGUUCUGCCUGCUUUUAGCGAAUACCGUGGCCUUUGUACCCAAUGCUCGGAAUGCGGCAUUCCGCCCGGUUCCAUCGAGUCUAUUUGCGGCUGGGCCCCGAACUCUUUACGACAAAAUUUGGGAUGAUCAUAUGGUCGACGACGAUGGUAGCUCUUUUCUAAUCUACGUCGACCGCCAUUUGGUGCAUGAAGUUACGUCUCCGCAGGCUUUUGAGGGCCUUCGUUUAGCAAAACGUGGAGUUCGUCGCCCGGACUGCACGUUGGUCACAGUCGACCACAAUGUCCCUACGGCCGAUCGUACCGGUCUCAUUGACGUUGCUACUUUUAUUGAAGAGACUGCGAGUCGUACGCAAGUUAUGACGCUUGAACAGAAUAUUAAGGACUUUGGUCUCAAAUAUUUCUCCUUUGCGGACGAGCGGCAAGGAAUAGUUCAUAUUAUUGGUCCUGAACAAGGAUUUACUUUACCAGGGUGUGUGACUGUUUGCGGAGACUCGCAUACCGCAACUCACGGCGCAUUCGGUGCUUUAGCGUUUGGAAUUGGAACCAGCGAAGUAGAGCACGUUCUCGCUACUCAGACUCUUGCACAGACCAAGACGAAAAACAUGCUUAUCCGUGUCGACGGAGAGCUUGGUGACGGUGUCACAUCCAAGGACAUUAUUCUUCAUAUCAUUGGAGUUAUUGGAACUGGCGGGGGUACUGGAUACACCAUAGAGUUUGGAGGUACAGCUGUUCAGAGUUGCUCUAUGGAGGCGCGUAUGUCGAUUUCAAACAUGGCCAUUGAAGCUGGAGCGCGCGCUGGCAUCAUUGCUCCCGACGAUACAACCUACGAAUAUUUAAAGGGACGCCCGAUGUGCCCAUCUGGCGAAGAAUGGGAGAAGGCUGUCAAAUAUUGGGACUCAAUCCGGUCUGACGAAGGUGCUGUCUACGACAAAACUAUUGUUAUUGAUUCGAAAGAUAUCGCUCCCACCGUUACGUGGGGCACCAGUCCGCAGGACGUUGCUCCCAUUACCGGAAAUGUUCCGAUGAUUCAGGCGGAAGGACAUGAUGCUUCUCGGCAGAAUGCUAUCAAGCGAUCCUUGCAAUACAUUGGGCUUGAAGAAGGUCAGCCUCUCGAGGGUGUCCCGAUUGAAAAGGUUUUUAUCGGUUCUUGUACCAAUGGUCGUAUUGAGGAUAUUCGUAACGUUGCAGCCAUUGCCAUGGGACGCAAAGUUGCCGAAGGCGUUGAUGCCAUGGUCGUUCCAGGAUCUGGUUUAGUCAAAAAGCAAGCGGAAGAGGAAGGUCUUGACAAGAUUCUCAUCGAAGCCGGCUUUGACUGGCGUGAACCUGGAUGCAGUAUGUGUUUAGCCAUGAACCCAGACAAACUCAAACCUCAAGAGCGCUGCGCUUCUACUUCCAAUCGCAACUUCGAAGGCCGGCAAGGAAAUGGCGGAAGGACUCACUUGAUGUCGCCUGGAAUGGCCGCUGCUGCUGCUGUUAGCGGAGUUAUUUCUGACGUUCGAAAAUUCCCGUUUCUUGGCGAUCCGUCGGCCGACCCUCGUUUGGCUUCCAACUCCAAGAGUCGCGUCUUUACUACCGAAGAGCUUGUAUCUCCUGGUCCAGUUAUUUCGCCCCCGGCUCCAUACCUCGAGAAUCUAGAUGCUGAAAUCAAAGGCACAGCCGAUAGUGCUGGCCUUCCCAAAUUUAACUCGCUGACGGGUGUUGCGGCUCCUCUCGAUAUUCAGAACAUUGAUACCGAUAUGAUCAUUCCUAAGGAAUUUCUCAAGACUAUUAAGCGUUCCGGUCUUGGAUUUGCUGCUUUUGCUGAACUUCGGUACGAAAAUGCUGAAGAAGUUGCCACGAUUGGAGAAGAAGUUGCAAAACUUCGUGACGACUUCAUUUUGAACAAGAAGGGAUACGAAAGCACGAAGAUUCUCAUAGCUGGUGAUAACUUUGGAUGUGGAUCAAGUCGAGAACACGCUCCGUGGUCCAUCAACGACAUGGGAAUUCGCUGCAUUAUCAGCACUUCUUUUGCCGACAUUUUCUAUAACAACUGCUUCAACAAUGGUAUGCUUCCAGUGACACUUCCACGUGAUCAAGUGGAGUUUCUGCUCGAGGAUGCUGGUACUCCGGGAACAGAGAUCACGGUCGAUUUGAUCAACCAAAAGGUCGUCUGUGCCAAUGGUGACGAGUUUUCGUUUGAAAUUGAUGAGUUUCGAAAGGAUUGCUUGGUCAACGGAUUGGAUAAGAUCGGGUUGACGCUCGCCAAAGAUGAGAAAAUUUCCUUGUUCGAGACGUCUCGUUCUGCUCAGUUUCCGUGGCUCGAUGGUGCCUCAUUCAAGGUUCCCGAUGUUGUCCCUAUGUACCCUGAUGCCGGAUUCUGGAAACGGGAAGGUGUGGUGGCCUAGUGCAGAGGAAGAGUAGCAAAGCUGAUAAUUUUCGCAAAUGCGUUGACGCCGACGGCCUUCAAAUUUCUUGCUCUGCGGUAAAUCAAUAUAGUUUACAGUUAAGGUAAAAAAGGGAGAAACCGAUACC